AUGGCGUACCAGGCCGAGAUGGGCUACCAGUACGACGACCGGGCCUUCGGGUCCGAGGCGCGCCCCGCGGAGAAGAAGUCGCCCUGGGCGUCGCGCGCCGCGACGGUCGUCGGCGGCGUCGCGUGCUUCGCUUUGGGCAUGAGCGCGACGCAGCUCACGUCCAUGGCGUCGUCCAUGGAGGCGGACAAGCAGGCCGUCUACUCCGCCGAGAGCGGCGACGGCCCGACGGACCCCCACGCCGCGGCCUGGCUCGCCGUGGACGAGGCCGUGCAGCCGUGGAUCGCCAAGGAGACGAGCAAGGCCGACGCGUCCGAGUACCCGCACAUCUUCCUGAGCCUCAUCGACGACCAGGGCAAGGCGGACAUGGGCUACGGCAACGACGGCCUCGACCAGCUCGCCGAGGCGACGCCCUUCAUGGACCUCCUCGCGGACGACGGCAUCAAGCUCGACAAGUACUACAGCCAGCAGCUCUGCACGCCGUCGCGGUCCGCGCUGCUCAGCGGCUACUACCCGAUCCACACGGGCAUGCAGCACGACGUCAUCCAGCCCGAGUCCAUGUUCGGCAUGCCCGCGGGCCACAAGCUCAUGCCCUCGUUCCUCAAGGACGACCAGCUCUGGUACUACAACCACAAGUCGCCCCACGCGUGCGACGGCUCGAACUGCUACUACGACAUGCAGCGGAACGGCGCGAUCGCGGAGGACUCCAUCGGCGUCUACUCGACGUUCCUCUUCGUCGACGCCUUCACGGACGUGCUGGAGAACGAGGAUGCCUCGACUCCGCUCUUCAUGUACCUGAGCUGGCAGAACGUGCACGCGCCGCUCGACCCGCCGCCGGCGUCGUUCUACACGAAGACGGAGCUGUCGCUCGUCAACUCCAUCGAGGACCCGCACCGGCGGACCUUCGCGUCGAUCACCAUCGUGCUCGACAACGCGAUGAAGAAGGUCGUCGGGGCCAUGAAGAAGUCGGGCUUCUACGACAACUCGAUUCUAGUCGUGGCGUCCGACAACGGCGGCUGCUCGGGCUCGGGCGGCUACAACUACCCCUACCGCGGCGGCAAGCAGUACCUCUACGAGGGCGGCAUCCACGUCAACGCGUUCAUCCACAGCCCGCUGAUCCCGAAGAGCGCGCGCGGCACGAGCUACCAGGGCCUCUUCCACGUCUCCGACUGGCUGCCGACGCUCGUGACGGGCGCCAUGAAGACGGAGCCGACGAUGCUCCCGGCGGACCUCGACGGCGUGGACCAGUGGCACGCGAUUCUGGGCAGCGGCCGCGGCGCGCCGGCGGCGUACCCGCGGACGGAGAUCCUCCACAACAUCGACCUCUGGUCGCUGGAGAUCUACGGCAACGUCACGAAGCUGAGGACGCCCAUCCAGGCCAUCCGCGUCGGCGACAUGAAGCUGGUCAUGGGCCAGGACGCGUCGACGCACUACUCGCCGACGGAGACGACGUGCCCCGAGGGCAUCGGCUACUGCAUGCCCUCCUACGAGUCGACGGAGGACUGCUCCUACGAGUACGGCGACCAGAAGUACCUGUACAACAUCACCGCGGACCCGAGCGAGCUCGUGGACCUGUCGACGGUGCACCCGCAGCUCGUCUCGACCCUCGAGGCGAAGCUCGCGGGCUACGAGGCGACGAUGGUGAGCCCGGCCUACCGCAACUCGAACUACGACCUCGCCUACAGCGCCUGGGCGGGCCUCAACUCCAACUUCAUCGGCCCCUUCGACGACCCCGUCGAGGUCGCGCUCACGGGCUUGGCUGAAGGCUGCCCGAUGCCCGCGCCGAUGGAGAUGAUGGAGCGAGAAACGUCCAUCGUCGACGACUUCUUCCAGGACCGGCAGUCGGAUCGAGAAGCGUCGACGCUGCGCGACGCGCUCCGCAUCACUUCGGGCCCGACGCGCAUCACCCGGCGCGCGCGGCAACUGCUCGCGCGGCAGAUCCUCGCGUCGGCGCAGCGCUACGAGACGGCGACGCCCUUCUUCGUGAUCUGGCGCCGCUUCGCGCUCACCUUGAUCUUCUGGGCGACGCUCUUGGACGUGGGGAACCUGGGCAUCCUCUACGUGGCCAUCUACUGGAAGAUCUUCGACGCGCUCGACAUGCGUAGCGCGGCGUCUUCUCUUUCUGGUUUUCUGUGCCUCUGCAGCUACGAUUGCGGCGGCGACGACUGGCACGACGUCUACAACCGGGGCGAGUGGAACUUGAUCGUGCUCAACGCCUGCGGCGACCGGACGGUUUCCUGCGACGUCCAGGGGGGGCUGAACACGUGCAUCUGCGAGACCGGCGCCGGCGGAGAGGGGACGAACGUCACGGAAUGCCGCUACCACACCCUCGUGUCGCCGUUUUUGUGGUACGCGGCCUGCAUCGGCGCCGUCGGCGCCGUCACGGUCUGGCUCAUGUUCAAGCUCGGCCAGUUCAGCCCGAAGAGCGACCGCGUGAACAUCGGCCAGCGCCUCAUCUGCUGCCUGCCCCGGCGCUGGCGCGCGCUCAUCCACGCGACGCCCGCGGAGUCGAAGAGCAAGUUCGUGACCUUCUACCGCGCCUACACGCUGCUCUGGGUGUUGCAGAUCGUCGUCUUCGGCUUCGUCGUCUUCUUGACGGGCAAGGCCCUCGUCGGCGAGGCCGAGGGCUACGAGAUGCCGGCGGCGGGCCACAGGCACCUCGUCGUCGUCGUCUACGCGCACUACGUCGUGCUCGCCCUCCAGGGCGUCGGCAUCUACGUCUGGCCCCUGGGCAACGGCAAGUUCGCCGUGACCCCGCGGCUCCGGCGCAUCUUCGCGCGGCGCGCGGCCGACGGCGCCGCGGAGCAGCAGAUCUACGACGUCGACGAGAACGAGUCUCAGGGCGGGCGCCUCUACCUCAACCUGGAGACCUACGCCGACGACGCCGACGCCGACAAGCCGUUCGUGCUCCGGCUCCUCGUGGACUUCGUCGACGCCGGCGGCCGGCGGACGACGCCGUUCCGCGCGGGCUACGCGCCGCCGAGGGUGAGCCUCGACGCGCUCUCGGACCCGCGGCCGGACCGCGUGCUCGAGCUCGACCGGUCGGCCGCGGCGUCGACCUUCGACGGCGUCUUCGCCGUGCGCAAGCGGAGCGCCGUCGUCUACCACGUGACCGUGCCCGCGGCGGUCGUGCUCGGGCGCCACGUGCUCACCCUCGAGAGGGCGAGGCCCGCGCGGACGCCGUCGGGCGCGGGCCGGCGCCGGUCGGGCGACCUCGAGCGCGCGCUGCUCGACGACGACGACGACGCGACGCUCGCGGAGGCCGUCCCCGUGACCAUCUCCGACCCGGACUUUGAGCACCGGAAGCUCGUGCGUCUCGAGCAGGCGCUGCGGGCCGUCGAGGCCAAGGUCGAGACGCUGGCGCCGCAGGUCGCCGACAUCUUCGAACGACUCGGCGAGGACGACCCGGCCGGCUUCACGCCCCACGGCCACGAGUACUACGUCCUCGUGAAGAUGCGCGUCGUCGGCGUCGCGACGUCGUGCGCGGCCAUCGCCUCCGGCAUGGUCAACGACGCGUCCGGCGGCGGCAAGGCGUCGCAGCGGCUCAUGCAGGCGACGAGCGCGAUCUCCUUCCUCGGCGAGCACAGCGGCCUGCCCUUCGCGGGCUGGGCGACACUGCUCGUCUGCGGCGCCGCGGACGCCUUCGUCGAGAACGACAAGGCGAACCGCGUCGAGCGCGUCCAGGACGUGUUCCGGACGCCCGCGCGCGCGGAGGCGCUCGCGGGCCGCGUCGCGCGCGCGGCCGCGACGCGCCUCGAGGCCGACCUCGCCGCCGCCGCGGACGAGGACGCGGCGCGCGACCGCGCGGACGAGACGCGGCGCGCAAAGGCCGCGGAGGAGACGGGCGUCCUCGCGCGGCUCCGGCGCGCCAAGGACGCGCUCGCCAAGGCGCUCGUCGCCGAGCCCGACACCAAGGUCCGGGAGCGCGCCGAGGACGACGCGGCGGCGAUCCUCGAGUACGUCAUGUCCGGCGCGCUCGAGGCCGCGCGCGGCGCCGACGACGACGUCGUUCGAGCGCUCGCGGAGCGCGUCGCGCCGACGGCGGGCGCCGCGCCCGAGGCCGAGCUGCCCCGGCCGUCCGUCGGCGCCGCGCCGCCCGGGACCGCGCCCGUCGUCGCCGUGGGCAACAGCGCCAUCGGCGACUACGACGACGCGCUCAUGUUCCUCCGGUCCGGCACGGCCUUCGUCAAGGCGGGCUUCGGCGGCGUCGCGCACUACGCGUGCACGCUCUGGCUCGCCGUCGAGGGCGGCGGCAUGCAGCUCCGCUGGUCGCGGAACACGUCGGGCAAGGUGUCGUUCAUGGAUUUGGGCGACGUCGUGCGCGUGGGCCUCCUCGGCUCGCGGAGCGUCGUCGUCGAGGCGGCGGGCGACCGCACGAAGAAGUUCAAACUGGCGCGACCGGGUUUGGCGCAGCAGUACCGCGCCUGCCUCGAGCUCGUCCUCGCCGCGCGGCGCGGCGCGGACGCCGUGUAAUCGCGAGCGAGGACCUCGCCCGCCUCG